UAUCACAACUCUUCCUGUCAGCCGUCAAAAGGACAUCAAAUCUUUUUCGUUUAGAAAGGGACAUAUUUGAACUAAUAUAACAGUUUCCCUUCAAAUGGCACACAGAUAAGGUACCUAGCUUUUGAUGAGAUUGGAUCGCUUGUGUGUUAAUCAAUGGCCAAGUGCUGUGGCUGAUGGAGGACACAAAACGGUGACAGCGGUGGGAAUUCUCUAGGUUGAACUUCAAUGCAGAAAUUUAUUGACAGCAAUGCACCACUUGCAUCAAUUGUGUGAUUAUGACAGCAAGUUUUUCUGAAGACGAAGUGAAAAUGGAAAAUAUCCAGAUUUUGAAAAAGACGAGUGAUCAUCAUAUUGAAAGAUUUAAGUUACCCACCAGUCAAUUCUCACAGCUUUCGUGAUCGUUUAGUUGGUUAACAUCACUAAACAGUCUACUCAAAGCCAUUAAGGUCAGUUAUCAGGAACUUGUUCAAACCAAGAAGUAUUAACAUCAGCGUGUCAAAGUCAUACAGGCUAUAGUCAUUUCUAAACCUUACCUUGGUACAUACAACACACUCACUGCUAAAAUGAAGAAACCUCCGAAGGGUCAGACAACGACCCUUCCUGACAUCAUGUUCACGAGUACUGCGUCCAGUCUCCCCACCCGUGUCUACAUACACACAGGAACCUCCAUGGAUACGACCCACCCCAAGGUCACCAAUGAUUCUUCCAACACUGGAGCAGUGCAUAAUGGCAAAUCUGAUCAGAAUGUCGGAGAAGAAAAUGGUACCGAAACUGAGGUCAAUGAUGGUGUUGAAGAAAAUAAUGUCAAAAAUCACCAGAAAAUGGAACACACAGACAAUGAAGUCAAAGUCAAGGAUGAACGCAAGGACAAAUCGAAAGUGCAUGGAAAUAGUACAAAAGCUAAGGAUAAAAAACAGCUUUCCGACAACAAGACAAUGAGUAGCGACAGGACACCGGAAAUGCAGCCCAGUCCAGAUGUUAAAGAGAGUCUAAAACUGCCAGAACUACAACAUAACUCUAGGUCUCCUAGUCUGGCGGGUACGCCAAACCGGUCACCUCGCAAGUCGACACCAAGUACUUCGCCCCGGCUAUCAGGGGAUAAGAGUAUCGAUGCUGGUAAGGAUCUAUAUGCACAAGUUUUACACAAUGCAAGGAAGUCCAGGGCCCAGGAUAAAAGUCACAACUUCCCAGAUGUCAAGAAUAAGUAUCUGGACAAACGAGAGAACACCAAGGACCUGCUAAAGAAUCAAGAGAUGAUCCCCAUACCAUUCUCACAUACAGACAGGAAGGUCACUGUGGUGCGAAACGCUAUGUAUGGCAACUUUCUUCGCAAAUCGACCAAGAAACUCCAGGAUGAUCUGCGUCAGACAAUGCGAGUCUACUCCAGUGAGAAGCACGAACUUCUUCGUCAGCUCGCGAAUCUACGGCACGAAAUGGAUGAACUGAAGGCCACCGAUAGCAGCUCCUCCCCAACCUCAUUUUCUAGCGAUUCUUCCUCUGUCAAAAGCACACCACGCUUCUUUAAAGCCCCCAACCUAGCCGCGAACAAAGUCAGAAAGAAAGGAAGGAGACGAAACAAUUCUGUAACAAGUGAUGAAACAAUGGGAAGUCAGAACCAGAAAAUCAAGGAAGGAAUUUUACGUCUGCCCACCAUCAAGGAUGCAUCUCCUGCCCCUCAGGAGUGGGAGUCCGGCAACUCCAUGCACACAACCCUCCCCCCUAUAGAGCAUCCCAAGGGGCUGGUGGCAGUAAAGGCCCUCAUGGACAACAACUUCUCCAUUCCCAAAAUAUCCGACCCCAGUCGGGAGGACAUCAGCGUCUCAAGCCUCAGACAACAGUCCAAUCGUGAAAAGAAAAAAGUGCAUUUCUCUGAAGUGAACAAAAUAACAGAAUUUGAGGUGAUACGAUACAAUGAAAAUGAGGCAAAAAACUGGCGACGUGGUGGGGAAAAUAGUCCCCAUGACUACUAUCGUAAACCCCGUGCCUCAAAAAAGGGAAAGGGUGAGAGGGGUGGAUCCAGAGGGACUCUAGCCCCUCUCAAGCGGCCAAACGAUCCCAAGGAAGCACAGAAGGUAGCUGCAGAAUACAAGUCUCUUUAUCUUUCUAUUCACGAUCCCGAGGAACGGACCAAAACACUGGCAGACAUUUUGUAUGCUGUUCGCAUGCGUAUGCAGGAAAACGAACAGAAUUUAAAGUUUGGUGAAUCACCCCGCCCUUCAAAGACGAACAACACACUGUGCGAUUUUCUACUCAGCAACAGUUCUGAAGACCCGCUGUUAAAGGGGGAACCGAACAAGGUGGGGAACAAGUUCCUGGGAGCCCCGAAUCAUACCGCUGCCAGAAUCGGCCGACGAUCUAACGCUAUACAGCUACAGAACUAUUUACGCAAAAUGUCAAAGUCGCGUAGGAUGAUUGAGCAUAUGGAGGCGGAGCAGUAUCGCCUCGCACACAUCAUGGGCCAUAAACACCUGAUGGCUGCUUCUCAAGCUGCACAAGCUUAGAGAAAACAUUGUGUACCCUCGACGGCUGCAUCUCCAUCCGCUCACCAAUGAAAGUGCUUCUCUCUACAAAGCUACUACAAUUACACAAUGACUGCUUUUAAUUGAUGAACCUUACAUGCAUAUCUGUUGGCUAACAUGCAGUGCUUUAGUAUUUUGGUUAUCACACCAAGGGACCUGGAGUGUUCCAUCAGCCCUGAGAUACCAAUGUGGUUCCCAUGACUGGGGGCCACUUUCGUAAUGUGGCUCUUGCACAUCAUCUUAGACAGUGAACAAGAGAUGAAUUUAGUUUCUCAAGCAUACAAAGUUAAACAGUUUUUUGGAUAUAUCUCCAUUUUUAACAAUGGAGGUGGAAACAAAAGUUGGAUCACUAAAUUCUGCAGCCAUGUGAUGAGAAAUGAGUGGAUUUUCAUCUGCUGUAGAUAGACUGCGACAACCGUGUGGAUGGACUGUGACAUCCACACCCAACCGUGUGGAUGGACUGUGACAACCGUGUGAAUGGACUGUGACAACUGUCUGGAUGGACUGUGACAACUGUCUGGAUGGACUGGGCCAACCGUGUGGAUGGACUGGGACGAGCAUAUGGUGAUGGUGUGUUUUAUAGAAACUGACCUGAUUGCCUACCAAUCAUAUAUGUGAUUUCUGGUGUUGUUCUGUGAUAGUGUGGUUCUGAAUGUAUGAACGUAGCCCUGACUCUAAGUGUGAUCUCCUAUACUGUGUAAACACUACUUAAUCAAUUUAAAUAUGAAAUUCCGUGGAUUUUAACAGGACAUGUUUAAUUCCGAGAAACUUGACAUUACUCUAUCAUGAUGAAACUCGUUGUUGACCAUAGACACUAAAAUGGACCUGUUAAACUGGAAACCACAUCUAUUGAUGUAGAUAUAAGUGCUGAGGACUAGAUUUGUGAAGAUCUGUUUGCCCCCGAUGUUUGACCAGGACAAUGGGCAGGAUGUUUCACUUAAACACUAAAAUGGUCAUAGUCUUUUUACUGCUGAUCACGGUUUAAUGUUGCUCAAAAUUGUUACGAUAAAGAAUUUGAAGAUGUGCCUUACAGAUAUAAAUGUGUGCCCGAUAGCCGUUCUAUUGGUUCUUUCAGCACACUGUGAACUUUUCACACAAUGUUGUUCUGUUUUCCUACAAAGAGUCUAAAAUAGUUUUACCAUAUAGACAAAGGGGUGAGAGUGUUUCACAGCUCACUGAUAACAGAAAACAGGUUCAUUUUAUAACCAACAUGUCAGUUGUAUGACGGAGCUGAUAAUGUACUUGUACAUAUAAUAAAUAUUUAUUUUUCUAUCAUUCUUAAGUUGGCUGUAACAUACAAGUUCUUUAUCAUUAAAACUGGUCAAUUUAACUAUGACAACUGUGCUAUAUUUAAUGUGCCCAUAUGGUAACUGUCCUACUGUGUCCAUGACAACUGUCGAGUGGUCAGUGACAACUAUUGAGUGUUCAUGACAACUGUUGAGUGUUCAUGACAACUGUUUUAUUGUGAUUAUUGUACAACUGAUCUGUGUCUUUGACAACUAGCAUAUCCAAGUUCUAUUUUUCUAUGUCGGUGACAACUAUCUCUUUUUUGUCCACUUUGAUUGUUCUACAGUAAAAUUCUUCGAUGAUAACUGUUUGACUCUGUUCAUGACAACUGUUUUAUUGUGUCAGUGACAACUACCUAUGACAACCUCUAGUGUGUCCAAUACGAUUGUUCUGCAGUAUUAUUGACUACAGUGACAACUGUUCGACUCUGUUAACUACAAUAGUUUGUGUCAAAGACAAAUGUUCUCCCCUACAGUAUUUAACAUAAUAAAAUAAACACAUAUCUGUGAUUUUCCAGUGACAUAGACACUGACUGAUGUGUAUUCAACCUAAUGGCAAAACCAUUUCAAAGAGGAGCUAGGUACAUCUUUACUGUCAACUGAUUGUAGGGAUAAGCCGGGCCCUCUAUGACAACUAUUUAAUUAAGUAAUGCUGAAAAUUGGUAAUAAAUGUGUGACAAAAAAAAUAAUCUUAAGUUGUUUUGUCUUAAGAUUUG